CUCCAUAUCCAUCUUCCAGUUCUACGUUUUCAUUUCCUUCGCCUCUUCCUCAGCUCAGCAAGCGUUCCGUUCCAGACAUGGACGCGACUCGGGAGCACCAGAUCGGCGAGCACGAGGAAGACGACGACCACGACGGCGCGACAACCCUCGAGUUAAGAACCGACGGUGGAGAGCAUUCCGCCGCCGAUGAUCAGCCCCGAGAGCACGGCUCAACCGCCGCCACCGUCUCCUCGACGACGCCGCCACCUCGUCGGCCAUCCGCUCUCACGCUCAAAGAAGAGCCCGGGAGAGAAGAAUCCCGUCAGCAACUGCGCGCGAUGCCGGCGGCGUUGCCCUCGAGGCGGUCGACCAAGGACCGCCACACGAAGGUGGAGGGCCGGGGACGGAGGGUCCGGAUGCCGGCCGCCUGCGCCGCCCGGAUCUUCCAGCUGACCAGGGAGCUGGGCCACAGGUCCGACGGAGAGACCAUCCAGUGGCUGCUCGAGCGCGCCGAGCCCGCCAUCAUCGCCGCCACCGGUACCGGCACCGUCCCCGCCAUCGCCAUGUCCGUCGGCGGCACUUUCAAGAUUCCCACCGCCGCCACAGCGGCCAAAGACCCGGAACCCGGCGACCCGCCCGGCAAGAAGAAGCCAAAGCGAACCACGAACAGCGACUACGUCGACGUCCGUGAGCACAUGACCUCGCCGAGCUCAACGAUCCUCGCACCGUCGACACAAAGUCACCAGCAUCACCACCCCCACAACCACCACUUAUUCCCUCAAGGUUUAGUCCCCAUGUGGGCCAUACCUUCGAGCGCCGUCGCUUCCGGAGCUUACUUCGUGAUCCCGCACGUGGCCUCCGCCCCAGCACCGGCGGCGCGGCCGAUAUCGUCGUUCGUGGCCGCCAUCCAACAGUACGACGCGACCGUGGCCACGAAACGCGCUGCCGAAGCUCAAGGGAGCGAUUCGGUAUCUCAGGAGAUAGGCGGUGCCAACAUGAGGUCUGACGCCCCGGGGCCGAAACCGACGAGAGCGGCGGCGGCGUCGGUCAUGGCGCCGAGCUCGGCGGCGACGGCGAGCGCUCCUCAGGUGCUCCGGGAUUUUUCCCUGGAGAUCCGCGAUAGGCGAGAGCUUUAAGCAGGCGAACCGCGCAGCGAAGCAUUAGCGACGACGCCCGGAGGCAAGGUUGGCGGCGAUUUUGGGGUGGCUUCCGCCAUUGACGGCCUCGCCGGAGCAUCAGGAGCGACGGCAUGGACCGGCUCGACGUCGGAAGUGGCGCUCUCUAUUCCGGCUCAUCGGGCUUCGAGAAAGGGCGCAC